AUGGAACGAAUCGCUCGAACCUACUGCAAAGAUGCAGUCAUCCCCUCUUCAGGCAAGACGGCUAUCGAGGAAGCCAUAUACCAAGAACAGCCACGAGGACUUGACAACGUGGUGAUCACUCUGCCUACAAAGCUCUGGAGCCGGGGCCGACAAGCCAUCACGUAUGGGUGGAUAGAUGGAGAGCACAGUGGCUCACAGGCACAGCGCCAAAAAGUCGCCGUUGUCAUCGAGGAAUGGGAGUGGUACAGCAAUGUUUCCUUCAUCGCUGCCGGGGACUCCGUGGCUCGUCCGGACAUUGUCAUUGCCUUCGAUCCUUCGCCAAGUCAAGGGACAUGGAGUCUUGUCGGGACAGACUGCUUGAAGGCGGCGCCACGCACUGCCACCAUGAACCUUGGCUGUAUCGGCAGCGACAAUGAAAUGGCAGCAGCCGAGAAAGCCGUUAUACUUCAUCAGUUCGGCCAUGCAUUGGGCAUGCUUCACGAACAUCAAUGCCCAGCCAACGGUGGCAUUGCCUUGACAGGUGCCGAUGCACUCGUGACGCUUUAUGGCUCUCAAGGUUGGGGCGACGCCGAUGUCAAAGAACAUAUCAUCAAUCCAUACAACUCAAAGAACAUGACAUCCUUGCGAGAAGUCGACACUCAAAGCAUCAUGCACUUCCCAUUGCCUGGAGUCAUCACUGGCCGAGACUUUGACAUUGACUACAACUAUGAGCUAUCGGACAUGGAUAAAGCCUACAUAGCGCUCAUGUAUCCUCGGAGUUGGCCGAGUCAGCGCGCGCCCCAAUGGACACUAGAGGCCGCAUUGAGAAUGAUCGGCCUGACUCAACAGACUCCAUCGUUAGCUGAAAAGAUCAAAGAACUGGCAAAGACGCCGGGAGCUGAUGGAAGUAUCGAUUCUACCAAGAUCCGCGACCUGGUUUUCAAGUGGGUGACUUGGUUUCACACACCUGGGCAUGCCACGGCAGGUGACUCGCUGUUAUCGCAAAGCCCAGCCCCCAGGCACGAUGCAAGCGAUAGAACAUCGCACGGAAGAAGAAUGGAGCGCAUGGAAUACUCAGAUAAGCUUAUGAAGGAGUACCUCGACGCCCAAAAAGACUGGGAACGGAAAAGGGAUGAAAUGAUAGGUGGUAGUAUUGGUGACCAACACUCAGACCCGGUGACCGAUCUGAAGAAGAGGCUUUCAAACAUGAGAGAGUCUGAGCAAGCCAGGCUUGCUUCCAAAUACCCGGACACUUAA